AGGAACAAAAACAAAGCAUUUCCUUCUACCGCCCCCGUCAUAGCCACCAUUGAGGUUUCUCUGGAAAACUAAGGCAAGCCUCAAAACUUCUCUAGGGUUCACUGCCACUUUGCUCCACCAUGCAUAGAAUCGCCGGUUCACGACUCAGGUCGCUCAAGAACCAUACGGCCAAUUUGGGGGCCUCUAGGUUUGCAACAUCCAGUGCAGUUGCUGCAAGACCAACGUCUGGGGGGUUUUUUAGCUGGCUCACUGGAGAACGGUCAAGCUCUCUUCCCCCCUUGGAAACACCUCUAUCUGGCAUUACCCUUCCACCACCAUUGCCUGAUCACGUUGAACCAAGCAAGACCAAGAUUACAACUCUUCCUAAUGGUGUUAGAAUUGCUUCAGAAACUUCUUCGAACCCUGCAGCCUCUAUUGGGAUAUAUCUUAAUAGUGGUUCCAUAUAUGAGACCCCAGUGUCUUCUGGAGCAUCACAUUUGUUGGAAAGAUUGGCCUUCAAAAGUACAACAAACCGAAGCCAUUUGCGCAUUGUUAGGGAAGUUGAAGCUAUUGGUGGAAACACAGGUGCCUCUGCCUCCCGUGAGCAAAUGGGAUACACUUUUGAUGCUCUAAAGACUUAUGUUCCAGAAAUGGUGGAACUGCUAGUAGACUGUGUCAGGAAUCCUGUAUUUUUGGAUUGGGAAAUCAAUGAAGAGCUGCAAAAGCUAAAAGCAGAAAUUGGAGAACUUGCAAAUAACCCCCAGGGCUUACUUCUUGAAGCAAUUCAUUCUGCUGGGUAUUCUGGUGCACUUGCAAAUCCUCUUGUGGCUCCAGAGUUUGCAUUAAGCAGAUUGGAUGGAACCAUCUUGGAGGAAUUUAUUGCUGAGAACUAUACUGCUCCUCGAAUGGUGCUUGCAGCAUCAGGGGUUGAACAUGAGGAGCUUUUAUCGAUUGCAGAACCUCUUCUAUCUGACCUACCCAAAGUACCCAAUGUGAAAGUGCCGGAAUCUGCCUAUGUUGGUGGGGAUUAUCGUCGUCAAGCUGACUGUGGGAGCACACAUGUUGCCCUGGCUUUUGAGGUUCCUGGUGGCUGGCAUAAGGAGAAAGAUGCCAUUGUUUUGACGGUUCUUCAGAUGCUUAUGGGAGGUGGUGGUUCAUUUUCUGCUGGGGGCCCUGGUAAAGGCAUGCACUCGAGGUUAUAUCUCCGAGUUUUGAAUGAAUACCAGCAGAUUCAAUCUUUUUCUGCAUUUAACAGCAUCUUCAAUAACACGGGACUCUUUGGAAUUUAUGCUAGCACUGGUUCUAACUUUGUGGCCCAAGCAGUUGAUAUUGCUACAUCGGAACUAAUCUCAAUUGCAACUCCUGGACAAGUUUCGGAGGUGCAGCUUAACCGUGCGAAAGAGUCCACAAAAUCUGCCGUUUUGAUGAAUCUAGAGUCCAGGAUGAUCGUGUCUGAGGAUAUUGGGAGGCAGAUUUUGACAUAUGGAGAGAGGAAACCUGUAGAGCACUUCUUAAAGGCCGUAGACUCAAUCACUUUGAACGAUAUUACUAACAUUGCCCAGAAAGUUAUAUCUUCUCCUUUAACAAUGGCAUCAUAUGGAGACGUUAUUAAUGUCCCGACCUACGAGUCUGUUAACAGCAGGUUUCACAGAAAAUGAGAUACCUGUUCAUUUUCAAGCACACCAUUUCUGAUACUGUUUUGGUCUUCUUGUUCUUCGCCUUGGAAGCAGUUUCGACUUUGCCUCGCCAUUUGCAAUAAAUGUUUUGAAUGAAAGUCUUUUCAGAUGAUGUAAAAUUAUCUGUUUGUUUCCAAUUCAUUGAGUUGCUCCCUGUGAAUCGUGGAGGAGUUUUUGACCUAUUUAUUUGAAUAUUAACCCGGGCAUUUUUCCCCCUUCAUAGCUUUUGUCGCAUCGUAUCCUUAUUCUAUCUUUAUAUUGGCAGUGUUGGGGUCAAUAUCUUCAAGGGCAACUCGAAAAGUGUCCUUUAGAAAAAGAAAACAUCUUAUAUC